GUGAUGUGAUGUACUUUAAUUACAUUUAGUACUAACUACUAAAUGACUUUAUCGCGCGUAUCCAAACCAUGGGCUAAUUACGUCUGUAACCCAAUCACCCCCCGUAACUCAAUCACCCCGGGCCACCACUCGGCACCGUGCCCGGGGAAUAAUCCCGCGCAAGCAUCAUCCCGCCCUUUGUUAGUCCAUCAUUCGCGAACAGCCCUUCCCCAAGUACACACGUGUCACUGUAUCUAAUCGCUUUCGCUUUGUACGUUUCCUUGGUACCCAGUCGCGACCGUUUCGCCGAUUACGCUUUGAAUACCAUCUAUUCCAACACUCGCCGUAUCGCAUUUACACAAUCGCGACCGUUUCGCCGAUUAUGCUUUGAAUACCACCUAUUCCAGCACUCGCCGUAUCGCAUUUAUUCCGUUCUACUCUCGAACUUCACCCUCGGGACAAUUUUACGCUUGUGGAAUACCAACUCACCACCUCGACCUUUCGUGAUGCCUCCCAAGAGAAGAGCAGCCGUCAACCACAAGCUUGUGAGGGGAGCCAAGCAGGCCAGGACAACCAGAAGACAAACCCCGGGAGUACACAUUGUACAGGAGGCAACAGCUGAUGGUGAGUCUGCCAAUUACGGAAAUAUCGAAGGUGGCAACAGAAUUAACGUACAAUCGGCGCAGCUUGUAAAUGCCGCGCAGGCUGCCAACUCGGCUACCCAGGUAAACGAGCAACUGGAAAAAAUACUCCAGUUGCUGGAACAUUCAGCGCCCGGCCCGGUUAGCGCAAACCAACAGGUAAGGCUUGGUUUUAGUUCUCCCGCCAUUUCGCCCAACAUAGGGAGAAUCCCCGAUGCUUACAACGAGGCCGACGGUGACGCGGCUUGGCCAGCCAAUCACAUCGCAGGAUACGGGGAUUCCCUUUCCUUCCGUGCGGACGGAAUAGACGCGCACGUCAAACAAACGGUGAGGGAAAAAAUCUGGCGUGGCGAGUAUGUCGACCUCGGCACAAUCCUACCAAACACCGAGGGAAGUCACGAGGACGGUAAGAUUUCCAUGGCGUACGACUCCUCAGGUAAGGUAAUUUUUAAACCAAUAAAGCAGCAACCAAAGCGCCUGUCCCUGGCAAGCUGGACUUCAGCUUUCCACAGUUUCAUGUGUAUAUAUGUUAGUAGGCACUCCGAGGUCCGCACAACCCAGGGGUUGCUGUCCUACAUGGAAACCAUAAGAACGGCGGCACUUCGAUUCGGGGGGGGAUGCCUGGUCAACCUACGACCAACAAUUCCGACACAGAAUGUCAAGGGACCCCUCACGACGCUGGGACAACAUCGACGGGGAGUUGUGGCUAAAGUACAUGGUAACACAGCCGGUACUACAACCAGAAUCAGGCGGACGGGGCGCAAUGACACGCGUACAGGGGGACAUCGCCAGUCAGGUAUGCUGGGAUUUCAAUAAAUUUGUCUGUAGCAGGGUCAACUGUAAGUACACUCACAAAUGCGGUAAGUGUGGCAAACAUUCCCAUAGCUCUAAGACCUGCUUUCGAGGGAAUGGGGUCCAACCGACCCCAUACAAGCCCAAUCAGCCUUUUG